CUGAUUGACAUAUUGACCUUUCUUCCCCGUGGGCUGGUCUAUGUUGCGUUGGGGCUGGUGGUAUUGACCCUGGCGAAACUGGCUCGCGAUAUUGUCACUCGUCACCGCAUCGAGGAGGAGAUAGUAGACAAGGGCAACGUCGCGGUGGCGCUGCGCCUGUCGGGCUAUUUGGUGGGCGUCAUCCUGGUUUUCCUCGGGGCCGUGUACCAGCCGCUGGGCGGCGCCGGCUAUAGCGGGCUGGGUUUCGACCGCGCUUUCGGGUUGGAAGCGCUUUGGGUUUUCCUGUACUCGCUUGCCGGGAUCGUCGCGCUGAACCUGAUGCGGCUGGUCACCGACCGGUUGGUGCUGUACCGGUUUGAGCUGGAGCGCGAGAUUAUCCAGGACCAGAACGUGGGAGCGGCGGCAGCGGAGUUCGGCGUGAACGUCGCUGCCGGUCUUGUCAUCGCCGGCGCAAUCGCCGGCCAAGGCGGCCCGCUCAACGCCCUGGCGUUCUUCGGUCUGGGCCUCGGCGUCCUUAUCCUCUUCGCCUUGUUCUACGAAUGGACCACGCCUUUCAACAUCCACGACGAGAUUGAACGCGACAACCCGGCAGUGGGCAUCACCCUGGGCGGCAACCUGGUAGCCAUCGGCCUGGUCAUCUUUAAGGCCACUUUCGGCGACUUCGUGGGCUGGCAGGAAGGUAUUUUGGAAUUCGUAGUCUACUCAGUGGUGGGGUUCGCUCUGCUGUAUGUCCUGCGGCUGGCGGUGGACCUGGUGUUGUUGCCUCACACCCGGGUUUCGCAGCAGGUGGCAGCGGGACGCAACGUGGGCGUCGCCUUCGUCGAGACCGCGGUGGUAGUCAGCUCCGCCUUGAUAUUGCUCGUGGCCGUCUGA